GCGGGGAUUAACUUCGCGUCCUUUCAAAAUAGAGUAUUAUAGUCCAUUAUUACCCGAGUUUACACUAACGUAAUAUAAAAUUCCACGGAAGAUAGAAGUUGUCAAUUACGUCAACUGCUGUCAAACGUCGACUUAGCAACAUCAGGCCAGCAAAUCUCAAACACAGUAUGAAUUUGUGAUAACCAUUGGACGUUCACAAUAUGGCGACGAGAAAGUCUGGCAUUCCUGUGAAGUCGAGUAAUGGACCUAAAAUUCAAACUGGUGCUACACAGUCGGGUCUGAAUCAAGCCAGACCAUCAAGUAUUCCGGUUAAAAAAACGAAGGUUGGUUGGCUGUGCUAGAGAUACAUGUAGCUUUAAUAGUGGUCCUUCAAAUCUUACUUGAUAAUUUCCUCGAGCUGCGAGCAGGCUACCAAAGUCUUGGUCAAACAAGGAUCAGAGUUGAUAAGAGUUGCAACUUUCGUUCGCGUUUGACCGUCAACGCUCAUCGACUCUCAUCAACUUUGUCCUGGUUUAACUUAUGAUGAGAGUUGAUGAAAGUUUUCGCCACGCGCGCGCGGUAAUAUCCACUCUCAUCAACCCUCAUGCAUCUCGCUUGUUCUCGUGCGUGUAUUUCUCCGCGCAAAACAACAACAACCAUUCGAACGCUUAUUAUAAAAUACCUCCUGCGCUGAACGUCCCAAAUUUGAAAUAUUAAAACGGCAUUUACUGUAUUUCCCAGAAUGAUGCUAUCAUCAAAUCAGCAAGCCCAGGUGCACCAACCAAUUCACCAAAACAACGUGAUUUCCAAGAAAAAAUUAAAAGACUUGAGAGGGAAGUGAAAGACAAGGAUUCGGCGAUAAAUGAUCUGAAUGAAAAGUUGAUGAAAAGAAUGAACGAGUGUCAAGUUUUACGUGAGGAAAACACAGCGGCAAGAGAAAGUCUUCAUUUGUCAACUGAUCGCGAGGUAAAACAGCAUUGCCUAUAUAAUAUUUUACGCAGAUGGUCACAUAUGGGUCUUAGGAGAAGUUACUAUUUUUAGACUUUUAGGGUUAGGGUUUGGAUUAGGGAAAGGGUUAGGGUCAGGAUUAAGGUUAGAGUAAGGAUUAGAAUUAGGGUUAAAGUUUAAAAUACAAAAGAAUACAAAAUUACAAAAGUCUAAAAAUAGUAACUCCCCCUAAAACGUGACAGGUGAAGGCUACUUUUUGACAGGUAGUUGUAUCUCUAUUGAUUCACAGGCACAGCUGUCAUGAUUCAACCAUUCUUUUUAUCUUGUUAGACUUACAGCAUACAGUCACAGAAUAGAGACUAUACAGAAGCCCAACUUCUUGGUUUUUCCUAUGAUUUUGGCCGACGUAAUCGUAAUUCGUCAUCAAAAUGCUGAGCCAUGGUCCUAGCCAGUGCGCUUAUGAGAGGCAUUCACCCCCUGGUAAUAUUCACAAUGGCGGACGUCCGGGGGGGGGGGUGGAAUGCCUCUCAUAAGCGCAUUGGCUAAGAUCAUGGCGUCAGCAUUUUGAUGACGACUAAUGGCGUGGCAGCAGUUACGCUUUUUUGGUUGAGUCGACCUUCUGUGUGUCUUUAUUCUGUGAUACAGUUCUGUGAAAACCACUAUGCAUUAUUUCACAGCAUUGUUGUAUGAUAAUUAUUUGUUUCACUGUCACAGGUUUCGGGUAAAAUAAAAGAUCUUGAAAACCUUGUAACCGAGAAAGAAACCUUUAUUGAAAAUAUGCUGACUAACAAACACGAGCUGGAAAGAAAAUUUGAAGUCGAACUGGACAUGUUGAAAAAUCAACACGAAAUAGAGCUACUUUCCUUGGAGCAACGGUUAGAAGACGCGCAUCAGGAGAAAAUGGAUGAACUCCAAACUAAUCUGAAUAAUGAAAAACAAGUAUGUGGUAGACUUAGGGAGGAAAUGAAGAAGAUUAAUGAACAGGGUGCAUCUGCAGAAUUAAAUACACUACAUGAGGAACUUAUGAGCACGAAAUUGCGAUACGAGAACCAAAUUUAUGAUUUGAAACAAGAAAUGGAAUUGGUUAAAUCUGAAAACGAGGAUUUCGUUGGAAAACAGAAGGAGGACAGGAACGAAAUAGAUGGUAUUAAAGAAAAACAGAAGGAAGAGGUGGAAACAUUAAAAUAUCUUGUCCAAGAGAAAGAUAUCUUGAUUAAUGAUUUGAAGAAAAAUUUGGAGAGUGAAGAUACAAAGUCACAAGGUAUUGAACUUUAUGCUGAAGAAGACGUUACGAGGAAGCUCGAAGAGUUACGACGAGAACUCACGACAGAGCACGAACAUAAUUUGGAAUUGGCGAAUCAGCUGUGGAGGAAGAAAUUCGAAGAACAUCAGAGUACAGGUAUGCAGGGCUGCAGGUUUGAUUCCUACCAGAGGGGCUAUAUAGUUGUAUGUUUUGCAACUGCUCCUGGUUAGAUCUUAAUAAAUGUAUAAAAUUUACACUCGCAAUGGACAACUUGCAUGUUAGACUAAAUUUUAAUCUAAGUAAAGAGAAGGGAAUAAAACACAACAGUUAAAAAGAACAUAAUGAAAUUAGUAAAAUUGCAAAAUUUGGUUGCGAAAUGUUGUAAAAUACAGAAUAUAUAGCCUUGCGAAGUUUGCAUAUUUUCAGUAUAUUUGUAUUACGUGCGGAAACUGUUACCAUUUUCGGCUCAAAAAUGGUAACAAUUUCCGCUCGUAAUAUAAAUAUACUGAAAAUAUGCAAACUUCGCAAGGCUAUAUUUUCUGUAUUUUACAACAUUUCGCAACCAAAUUUCGCAAUUUUACUAAUUUUAAUAAGUUCUUUACGGGAAUUUACUUUUUUUUGCCUAAAUCAAAAAUUACUCUAACAUGCAAGUUGUCUAUUUCCAUCCACAAAACCCAUCUAUAAUUAGUUAUAUCGAAUGUAGUGUUACCCAUGUUUUCUCUGGACAAGUUUUCUUGCUUGUGUGCACGGAAUGUUUAUUUAUUUCAAGGCUGUCUUUUGUUUGCCAAAAACACACGAGCAAAUAAAACUUGUCAAGGAAAACUAACUCGUCUGUCCGGGGCUAAGCAUAUUUUUCUGUCUGAGAUAAGGUUUCUUUGCAUUAGAUUCGGACAGGACAAGAAAACAGGGCGAUCAAGGUACACAUCAUGAAAACACUGAGAAGUUGUUAGACGAGAUCUCGGAUCUGAAAGAACAACUACAAGAGGCGAAUGAAGAACAGGAAGAACAAAAUGAAAUCUUGGAAAUCCAAGAAAAAGAAAUGGAAGAAUUACGAGAAAGCAAGAAAGAAUUCGAGGAAAGAUACAACGCACUUUAUAAAGAAACGGAAACAAAAUGGCAGAACGAGUUUAGUGAAAGUGAGAUUAUUGAAAAAAUAAAAAGUCAUUAUGAAAUGGAAAUUGAACGUCUUCAUGGCGAAUUGGAAGAUAUUCAGAACGACAAUAGUAACUUGAAGACGGAACUAGACUUGAUGGCCAACGACGUUGGCGGAGGACAUUCAAAGGUCGGUGGUCCAGUGCGACGACCCUCAGUGACUGCUAGAUUGGAUAUGAAGGCAGAAAUUGAAGACUAUAAAGUACAACUAGCGAGCCUAGAGCGAGAUUUACAGCACGCGUUGAACCAAAAUGAACGUUUGAAACUUGAGAACAAUGUGAAAAGCGGAGGAUUGGCGGACUCUAAACUGGAGGAAAUUAGUACAUUUAGUAAUAAGGUUGACGAACUUCAGGCAGAACGAGAGAAAUUGACUGCGGAGAAAGAUGAUUUUCGUGCUAAGUUUGAAGAAAGUAAAAAAGAACGGAAAAAACUUGAAAGAGAUUUUAGAACUCGGGACGAGGAAAGGACGAAACUCAGUGAAGAAUUGCAAGCGAAGACUAAUGAAAUUGCGUUGCUUAAAGAGGAAUAUGAGGCAGGAAUUAAGACUUCCGAGGCGAAAAUUUUGAAAAUGAAAGAAAAUGUUGGCGAGUUAACCAGUAAAUGCGAGAAGGCUGACAGUGAGCUGGUGUCGAUGAAAGAAAAUUUGACAAAGUCAGAAAAUCGUGAACGGGAUUUGAAGGAAAUUGUCCAAGAGUUAAAAGAUAAAGAGAUUACUUUGACUCAAGAAUUUGAAGAGGCUAAAUCUAAAAUGUUGACGCUUGAGGAAGAGUUGAGUAAAAUGAAGCUGGAACAGGAUGGCGCUAAAGAAGAAAUGAAUAAGGUGAAAGAUUCAGAAGGAAGGCAAGUGGUCGAAGCAAGGAAACGAGUGACAGAGUUGGAAAAUAUGUUAGCACAAGGAAAGGUGGCUAAUGAAGCAAUGAAGGUAAAAUAUGAGAAGCUUCUGUCCGGGAACGAGACGAAAACAUCUAGAAUCGCCGAACUUACAGAAGCCUUGAACCAGGUAAAAACGGAGUUUGAAAAUUCUGAAGUAAAGUAUGAGAGGGUGUCGAAAGAAAAUGAUUCUAUAAGAAGUGGUGAAGUUCAGUUGGAACGAAGGAAUGAAGAAUAUGAUUCGUUGACUAGAAAAUACGACGGGAGUAUUCGAGAAAACGAGGCUACGAGUGUAAAAAUUAGCGAGGUUGAGUCACUGCUUCAGCAGAAGCAUGUCGAGUAUGAGACACUUAGUGCGAAUUACAGUGAGCUCCGUCAGCAAAAUAAAAAUAGAGAAUCCAGAUUAGCUACCCUUGAAGCUGACCUAAAUGAACAAAAAUUACAGGUCGGUAAAGUGGAAAGUUUGAAUAAUAAUUUGAAAAACGAAAAUGCGGUCUUGGAAUCAAAGGUGAGCGAAGUGGAAAAUCUUUUGAAGCAGAGCAAGGAUGAAUGUGGAAAAUUGAAAAGAAAUAAUGAAAAUGUAUCUGUUGAAAGUGGAAAGAAGACGACAGGGGUAAAAGACUCCGAAGCUGCUUUGAACAAAAGUAAGAUGGACUAUGAAAAGUUGAAUGAAAGUUAUCAAAAAGUUCUGGAGGAAAGUAGCGUUAAGGUUUCUAAAAUUGAGAAACUGGAGAAAGAAGGCACUCAGUUCCGUAAACAGAUCACAGCAUUUGAGAAGAAGGUGGCGAUGCAGGAAAGGGAGAAAAAGGGUUUGGAGGGAAAAGUCGGUUCACUGGAUAAAGUUAUUGACGAGCAGAAAAAAGAAAUUUUAAGUUUAAAAGAGAAAUGUGAAUCCUAUGAUUGGAAAAACACAGAACUUGAGACGAAGUUAGAAGCAUUGAGAAAUACUGAGGAUAGAUUGAAGACGUACACAGAACGAAAUCAGGAGUUGUUGAGUGUCGUCGAGGAAGCAACUCGUGAGAAGAAAAAUCUGUUAGCCAAGCAAGCACAGCUAAUGAAGGAGAACAAAGAACUGGGAGAUGAAAGAGAUACAUUGAAGAAUGAAAGAGGAGUUUACGAGAGCGAACAGGACAGUUCGGAACAAGAAAGAAAAUUGGAAACAGCACAAAAGAAGCUUAAAGAAAAAGACAGAGUUCUGAACGAGACUAAAAAACACUGCAGACAACUGAAGGAAAAUGAAAAGGAAUUGAGGGAGAAGGUUAGUGAGAAAGAGGAGAGAUAUUUAGAGUUGGAAGGAAAAGCUGAGGAAUUAAACAAGAAGUUGAAAUAUUUGUCAAAAGAAGAGGGUGUGAGUGAAACGAAGAAACAGAACAGAGAUUUGGAAGAAAGCUUUGAAGAAAAAGAUAAGCGAAGUUUGGAUCUCGAAGGAAGACUUGAACAACUGAACAAAGAGAAUGCAAGGUUAAAACAACAACUUAAGGAAAUGAUGAAUGUUAAUAGUGAAAAUGAACAGGCUUCGAAAGAUGAAAUAGCAAGGCAAAAGAAUAAUUUCACACGCGAAUUGAAAAGUGUCCAAGAAAAUAUUGAACAGUCCGCUCAGAUUGAGAUAUUGCGACUCACACAAGAGAACAAUGAGAACGUGGAAAUGCGCAAGGAGAUGACACGUGUCAGCGAAGAGAAUCAUACGCUGAAGAUUAAGCUGGAUGAUUUGGGAAUCGAGGUUAGUCAAGAGAAGGAGGAGAAGUAUAAAGUAGAGAAGUUAAAAGAUCAGUUUAGGUUUGAAGUGCAAAGUCUGCAGGAAAGAAUGGACGCUGAACAAGAGAAGAUGUCCGUGUUGCAAAAUGAACGUCUACAGGGAGAGGAAAGAAUAAAUGAAGAAAGGAGUAAGGUAAGGAAUUUAGGAUUGCUUUUCUCCCUUGCUUCUGAGUUAAGUGAUAAGGUUAUAUCGUAUUGAGGUAGUAAUACAUGUCCUUGAAUGUGGGUUGCCUUGAACUCAUGCUUCUCAGGCACAGAGCACAUGGAAACAUUUUAAAAAAUCCCGAUGCUUCCUCUAAUGCUUGCCCGUUUACUAUCCCAGGAAGCAAAAAAUAUGUCCCAACAAACUCAGACACAUAUUUCGUUUCCCAAAUGCGAUUUGAGUUGCGAAAACAAUUCAAGAAUGUUUCCUAGAUUGCCUACCUUCGAGAAACAUGGCUAGGAAACAAUGUUUAAUGGUUUCCACUUUCAGCUAGGAAUGGUUUCCCCACCUUCAGGAAACAUGACUAGGAAACAAUGUUUCCUGGUUUGCCCACCUACGGGAAACAUGGCUAGGGAACAAUGUGUGUGUUCUUGAAUGUUGUUAGUCAUAAUAUUUAUUAUAUUCUUUUUGCUAGUUGUUGGCCACGCUGAAUGAAUAUGAAUCGAAGAACACCAAGUUAAUUUCAAACAUUGACAAAGCUUCAAGCGCAUUGAAAACAACCAAAGAAAAAUACGUAAAACUUAAAGAGAAAUUCAAUACUCUCGCCAAAAAGUACACGAAAUUGAAUCAAGAAAAGCUGAAUAAAUCUGACGUUCAAGUUGGCCCUGAUACAAGUGUCGAUUUAAGUCUAGUGGUGGAAGACCUACAACGGAGCAAGGAAACAGCCGAGGAAACGAAUUUGAAAUUACGUGUUGAGUUGGACAGACUCCGUGAAGAUAUAGGAAGAAGCGAGUACCAAGUAAAAGCAGUGAGAAAGGCGAACGUGGUUUUGAUGAAACAAAGUCGUUGUUUGUAUCAAGAAUCUGAAGAACACAAGCGUUUGGACGACGAAAGGACACAGGAACUUCAAAAAUAUCGUCAAAUGAAAGAAAGUUUACAACAGGAAAAAGAAACUUUGCAAAAAGAGCGGGAAUUGCUUGAAGAGCUAGUUGCGAAACAUACUGAAGAGACAGCCAGGUUGAAACGCGAAAAUGAUGAAUACUUCUUGGCGAGAAAUAGAAUGGAAAUUGAGUUGGGUGAGAAAGCGAGCGAAUGUGUCUUACAUUCUCGACAACUUGAAAAGUUAAAAAAUGAAAAUGAAUUCUUGUAUCAGCAAGGAAGAAAGCUUCAAACCGAAGUGGAUGUGGCCCGAAUGAAACCUAUGACUUGGGUUACUAGUAAACCAGACGAGAAUCAAAAUUUUUUCCACAGUUUUGAUAAAGAUUUGAGAACAAGUGGAGAAAGAUUGGCUGACACAGGAACUAUAAAAGAUUUUGGAACAGGAAGAUUAUCCCAAGGAUCAAAAUUGAGUGAAUCUACAAAUAGUUUUAGUUUCGAUGAAGCAAGGAAUUUCAUUCCUCCUGUGUUCAACAAUGAGAAAAUUAUUGGGGAUAAGGUAAGUUGUAAACUCUAGGAGGAUGAUCCAACAGAACACAACAAAACAACACACAACAAAACACACAACUGACACAACACACAACACAACACAACUGACACAACACACAACUGUCACAACACACAACACACAACACAACUGACACAACACAACACAAAACAACAACACACAACACAACACACAACUGACACAACACACAACUGACACAACACAACACAACACCAACACCAACAACAUCACAACACAGAGUAGUACAAUACAGUACACUGCAGUAAUGUACAAUAUAAUACUCAAAUAUUUUUAUUAUUUCAUCCUAUUCUUAGAUCUAUUUCAAUUUUUAAAGGUAAUUGAAAGUCCAAACAAGAACACAGUUAAGAUUUCUCCUCCUUCUAAGGAUACCAACUUACAGAUUUCAAGAAAUAUUAUCAAUAACGAAUUUCCCACAGAAAAAUACCUUGGAAAAACUUACUGGGAUACACUGGAGUUUUUGAAGAAAAAAUAA